CGCCGGCGACGCAGUGGCGCGAAACCUGCUCAGUUGUGCGGUUUGACGUGUUGGAAGCACGUACUCCCGAACCGUGUACCCAGUGAGUUAUUUUCAAAUAAAACGAAUAAACGCGAACAAUGGCAACCGACGUGGUAGAUGACCAGGAGAUGAGAGAGGCCCAGAGGGAAUAUCUGGACUUUCUGGACGACGACCAGGAUCAGGGGAUUUAUCAGAGCAAAGUCCGGGACAUGAUCAGCGAGAACAAAGCCCGACUCAUCGUCAACAUCAACGACCUGAGAAGGCGCAACGAGGCCCGGGCUUCAAAACUUAUGGGCAAUGCGUUCGAGGAGCUGCUGGCGUUCCAGCGGGCUCUCAAGGAUCUGGUGGCCUCGGUGGACGCCACUUACGCCAAGCAGUACGAGGAGUUCUUCAUCGGCCUGGAGGGCAGCUUCGGCUCCAAACACGUCUCCCCCAGGACGCUGACCUCCCGCCUGCUGGGCAGCAUGGUGUGCGUGGAGGGCAUUGUCACAAAAUGUUCUCUGGUACGCCCCAAAGUUGUACGCAGUGUCCAUUACUGUCCGACCACUAAGAAGACAAUGGAGAGGAAGUACACAGACAUGACCUCCCUGGAUGCUUUCCCCUCAAGUGCCAUUUAUCCCACUAAGGAUGAAGAAAACAAUCCUUUGGAGACAGAAUUUGGUCUGUCCAUCUACAAGGACCACCAGACGAUCACGGUGCAGGAGAUGCCGGAGAAAGCUCCUGCUGGUCAGCUCCCUCGCUCUGUGGACAUCAUCCUGGACAACGACUUGGUGGACCUGAUCAAACCAGGAGACAGGGUACAGGUUGUGGGAACGUACCGCUGUCUGCCUGGCAAGAAGGGAGGAUUCACCUCCGGCACUUUCAGGACCAUCAUGAUAGCAUGCCACGUUAAACAAAUGAGUAAGGAGGUGUCUCCGCAUUUAUCUGCUGACGACGUGGCUAAAAUCAGAAACUUCUGUCGCAAUCGCUCCAUUAAUGUGUUUGACCAGCUUGCUCGCUCGCUGGCUCCCAGCAUCCACGGCCACGAGUACAUCAAGAAAGCCAUCCUGUGCAUGCUGCUGGGAGGGGUGGAGAAGGUGCUGGAGAAUGGCUCCCGCAUAAGAGGAGACAUCAACAUCCUGUUAAUCGGUGACCCGUCGGUGGCUAAAUCCCAGUUGCUUCGUUACGUACUUCACACAGCACCCAGAGCCAUCCCCACCACUGGACGAGGCUCGUCCGGUGUCGGUCUGACCGCUGCUGUCACAACCGAUCAGGAGACGGGCGAGCGUCGUCUGGAAGCAGGUGCCAUGGUGCUGGCAGACCGUGGCGUCGUGUGCAUUGAUGAAUUCGACAAGAUGUCCGACAUGGAUCGCACGGCCAUCCACGAGGUGAUGGAGCAGGGCCGCGUCACCAUUGCCAAGGCCGGCAUCCACGCCCGUCUCAACGCGCGCUGCUCGGUGUUAGCUGCGGCCAACCCUGUUUAUGGCAGGUACGAUCAGUAUAAAACCCCCAUGGACAACAUCGGCCUCCAGGACUCCCUGCUGUCACGUUUCGACCUCCUCUUCAUCAUGCUGGAUCAGAUGGACCCCGAACAUGACCGCGAGAUUUCCGACCACGUGUUGAGGAUGCAUCGCUACCGCGACCCACGCGAGCAGGAGGGAACAGCCAUGGCUUUGGGCGGAUCAGUGGACGUCCUGACCACAGAAGACCCAGACUCCAUAGCAGAUGAGCAGGAGGAGCUGCAAAUUUAUGAGAAACACAACAACCUGUUGCAUGGAAGCAAGAGAAAGAAGGAUAAAAUUGUCAGUAAGGAGUUCAUGAGGAAGUACAUCCAUAUUGCCAAGGCUGUCACACCUGUACUGACAGAGGAGGCAGCCAAUCACAUUGCAGAGGAGUACUCGAGGCUGAGGAGCCAGGAGCAGAUGGGAUCUGAUAUUGCCAGGACCUCCCCAGUGACGGCCCGUACCCUGGAGACUCUGAUCCGUCUUUCGACUGCACACGCCAAAGCCCGCAUGAGCAAAGCCGUGGAGCUGGAAGACUCUGAAGUUGCGGUGGAGCUGGUCCAGUUUGCUUACUUUAAAAAGGUCCUUGAGAAAGAGAAGAAGCGCUCUAAGAGGGAUCGUGACUCUGGUUCAGAGGAUGAAGAGGAGGAGGAGACGGUCACACAGCCUUCACAGAAAACUCAGAGGAAAAGGGGGCGACGUGGCUCUCAAAGCGGGGAGCCCUGCAGUCCAUACGACUUUAGUGAAGAACAUGACGUCCCUGAGAUUCAGGCUGGCACCCCAAAACCAGCUAAGGCUCAGCAAGCGGACGAGCCAAUGGACGCCACUUCACGGGUUGAAGCAGCUGAGCUGUCAGCGGAGAGACUAAAGGAGUUCAAGUCCUCGCUGUUUGCGGUAUUCCAGUCUGCUCAUGCCCAGUCGGUGAAGAUGACAAUGCUGAUGGAUGACAUCAACAAGGGCCGAGAAAGUUGCUUUACGGAGCCUGAAGUCCGCACUGCUUUGGCCCGGAUGCAGGACGAUAACCAGGUCAUGGUGGCGGAUGACAUUAUUUUCCUCAUCUGAGGAAGACUGAUGGGUUUGACUGUCACUAAAUCAGUCACAAAGAUUUUGCGGGAGUGAAAGGAAAAGAAAUUGAAAGUAUACUUUUCACCACAUAUUCAAACCUUUUUACUCAAUUGACACAUUCUUGUGUUUCCAGGCUGUUUUGUCAACUCAAAUGUAACUUGCCUAUCGCCAUCUUUGGUAAUGCUGUUUUAUUGUGGCCUUCAGAGGUAUAUUAACUCGUUUAUCGUAGCAAAACGUACUAUAAUGUCAUUAUCUUUAAGAUGCGAGUAGUUUAUUGUAGUUGAAAAGUAUUCAUUAAGCAAUAGAGAGAGUUGCUGUCACACCAUUGUAUGGACACAGUGCUGUAAAGUUACUCCAUUUUCUCUUAUCAGACUUGUAUAUAGUAAAGUUUGGAAUUAAAAUGUGGCUGUUUGUUAAAAUAAAUGUGGUUGAAUGUAACUAAA